GAUUUUAACAUAUUCUACAUCAAUUUUAUCAUAUUUCUAUACCAAUUACAAGUUAUCAAAACAGAAGAUCAAGCCAUCAUGUCCGUCGUGUCUCCUAAAGCGAAGCCAACAGCCUGCGAUGCUUGCAGAAAAUUAGGCGUUAAGUGUAGUCUAAACAACUAUGUCGACGACUGUGAAAGAUGCACUAGUCUAAAGACAAGUUGCUUCGUCACAGAUGAUUACAACAUUACUAUUCAUAAGGUUCCCCAGAGAGCGCUUCAAAAUUUCAGGAGUGCGAAGUUUUUGGUGCAAAUGGCAAAUCUGAGAAAAGAAUUAGAAGACAGUGAAUCAGACGGGAAAAACACAUACGUUAUUAUUGAUGCAGUAGUUUCUAAUUUUGAGGGGAUAUCAAAGGAGGCUAUCAACUACCCAGAGUUUAUGGGGUUCUUCGCUCUCAACUUCUCGAGUCUGAUUAAUUGGAUUAAAAUUUACUCCGGCCAUCAAGUAUGGAAUGUUGCCAAAUAUGACCAGAAGACUCUACAAUCACUUACAAAAUUGGGCGCUAUCAUGAAAUCUCUCAACUGCUCACCUAUUUCGACCAGCGUAAGUUGGCUUGUAUGGCAAAUUUCCAUCAUUGGAUCUGAAAGACCAAACCAUAGUGACUCUCUUCCGGACAAUCACAGUCAAACACAUACAAGCUCCUCUAAGCUCGUGUAUGAGCCUGAACACAUGCUGCCUGCGGAGUCACAGGCUGAAGACUCACAGGCAGAAGACUCACAGGAUGAAGACUUACAGGAUGAAAACUCACAAGUUGGAGAGUUGUAGGCUGUAAUCUUAGCAGCUGGAUGUAUGUGAUUUGAAGCCCUGGCUAUGGAGGCCAUGCCGCUUGAAUAUUUGCACUACGUCAACUUACCAUCAAUUCGCGUACAAAUUAAUCGUUCCAGAUAGCAAAACACCCGAUAAGCAUAGUAUCUAUGGUGGAGAGUACUUUGCAGAAGGAGAUAUAGCUUAAAAGGAAACCCGGUGGAAGACGAGAGUCAAUACAACGGAAGGAAAAACUAGCUUACAUGUCUCGUUAAUUCGAGUCUAGCGUUUACUAUUACCACGGUUCUCACACUGUUUCUUAGAUAUUAGAGAAAUGUAACAUUAGCUGUUCAGCGUCUGUAGAAAUUUUCAAAAGUCUCA